GUAACUCUUCUGUCCUUGGGAUGGCGCUAGCGCUGUGUUGACUAUUGCACAACAGAAGAAGUCCUCUCAGUUGCUGCAUGUCAGCUACGAUGGCGGCCGCCUUGAGGGGAAGCCUGGUAACAUUGGUCAAGGGCCUGGGUGGCCCCCGGUGGCAGCAGCUGGCCUCCCGACCUCUGAGUGUGUCUGCUGGUCUCUGUGCCCCCGAAGCCCCCCCAGCUCGCGCAGAUGCCACCUUCAAGGUCACGAUGGUGCCGGGGGACGGAGUGGGACCUGAGCUGAUGACCGCCGUUAAGGAUGUGUUCAAGGCAGGUGAUGUCCCAGUGGAAUUUGAGGAGUUCCACCUGAGCGAGGUGCAGAACAUGGCCAGUGAGGAAAAGCUGGAGCAAGUUUUGACCUCUAUGAAGAACAACAGGGUGGCCAUCAAAGGAAAGAUUCACACACCUAUGGAGUUCAAAGGGGAGCUGGCUUCAUAUGAGAUGAGACUGAGGCGUAAACUGGACCUGUUUGCCAAUGUGGUUCAUGUGAACAGCCUGCCAGGCUACAACACUCGCCACAACAACCUGGACCUGGUCAUCAUCCGCGAACAGACUGAAGGAGAGUACAGCUCCUUGGAGCAUGAGAGUGUGUCAGGUGUAAUUGAAUGUUUGAAGAUCAUCACCAGAGAGAAGUCAAGGCGCAUCGCCAAGUUCGCCUUCGAUUAUGCCACCAAGAAGGGGCGAAACAAGGUUACCGCUGUUCACAAGGCCAAUAUCAUGAAAUUAGGUGAUGGCCUAUUUCUGCAGAGCUGUGCCGAGGUGGCAGAACUUUAUCCCAAAAUCAAAUAUGAGAACAUUAUCAUUGAUAACUGUUGCAUGCAGCUGGUCCAGAACCCGUACCAGUUUGAUGUGUUGGUGAUGCCCAACCUGUACGGCAACAUCAUUGACAACCUGGCAGCAGGGCUUGUUGGAGGCGCAGGAGUUGUUCCUGGGGAGAGCUACAGUGCUGAAUAUGCCGUCUUUGAGACUGGUGCACGUCACCCCUUCGCACAGGCUGUAGGCAGGAACAUCGCCAACCCCACAGCCAUGCUGCUCAGUGCUGCUAACAUGCUCAGGCACCUCAACCUGGAAUACCACUCCAACAUGGUGUCAGAUGCUGUCAAGAGGGUCAUCAAACAGGGCAAGGUGCGGACUCGAGACCUUGGCGGGUACUGCACCACUGGGGACUUUGUGCGUGCAGUUGUGGAUAACCUGCGUCAUCGGCCUGUUUACUAAGAUGUCAGCCCCAGACACACCCCUCCCUGAUAUUUCCUUAAAUCUGUAUAACCAUCUUAACAUGCACUGUAUACAUGUUAAGCCAUACAUGACAAAACAAAACAUGUACCACACUGUUUUAACCCCAUACGUUACAUCCCAGCGGUUACAGUUUGCUAAAACCAUCAGCAAUGCCUUUUGUUGUUCUUGACCCAUAAAAGGGCUAAUCAUGAGGCUCUCUCAUCCAGACUUUAGAAAUAUAAAUUUACACUCCUCACAUGACAUUUUGUUACCCCUCUCCUUUUACAAACCCUCCUUCCCUAAUCUCACUGUCCCUCUGUCCAUUUGGAUUUCUGAUCAUAUUCCUCUUUCCACAUAUCUCCCAAGCCAGAAUGUUGGGUGAAGGGUGAAUGUUUUUCCAACUUUUGUACUUGUCAGAUGAUUCAUGAAAUCUGCUUACACUUCAGCGUUUUCAGCAGUUCCAGAGAGACCGAUUCAUUCUGCCCAUUAACUUGACUUUUUGCUUGUUGCUGCAGUUUCUAACUGUUCCAGCCAUGUUGGCCAUACAGACUACCUCUGUAUUUUUUGCCAUUAUUGAUUUUUUUUUUUUUUUUUGGAAUAUGAGUUAAAAGCAGUGUAUUUGUCUGUCUGCCUCUAACAACAGUUAUUACUGGCUGUUCUGCUGCUUUUUUGCAUUGAGUUCAACCACUAGCCUCAUUCUGUCUUAACAUUUUUUUUUGUGCCGUCAUCUGUCAUGUAGCCCAGAAUUGAACCAUCUGGAGAUUUCGACCUGCUCUGAUUCUACUGCUUCACCAUGAUAACUUGCAAAUACCAAAAUAUUUCUGACCUCCAAAUACCCAUUUCCAUUUCAAAAACCAUUUCAGAAUUGUGAACGGAGAAUCUAGUCCCUACCUGUAUGUGCUGAGGAUGUUACUGUACAAGGAAAUCCACUCUAAUGCAGAAAUUGUGUGUAUUUUGUAUUUUUUAUACAAUAUGAACAGCUCUGCCAAAACUAGAGUCAAGGAAACUCAAACUGUCUGAUCUCACUAAGAAACUUUCCAUUUACAGUGAGUGACUGCCUGACUUUUUAAUGUUUUUGUACCAAAAUGAGUUAUAUUUGAUAAUGGUUCUCUAGAGAACCACAGAAAGUCACCACAGGUAAUGAUGCCAAUGUCCAUAUAAGGCAGCUUCCUGUUCAUUGUCAUUAGAGGAGGUCGUUUGGUGUUGCCCAGUGACACCUUUAACAAAAGUCUUAGUUAUUUUUUCUUCCUUUAGAGUUGCAAAUUUGUUAAUGUACAUUAGUCUUAACUAUGUACGAAUGUAAGACUAACAUGCAUUCUGAUUUAGUGUGGAUUCUCACUUAAGUCCUCAGUCCUUUGUCAUCAAAUGAGCUGGGUAGAAUCAUGAAUGUGGUAACACCUCAUUUGUUAAACAUAUAGGCCUUUCUGACAAACUGUAUCAGCUGCAUCAACCCUAGAAAACUGUUACUCAGGUUCAUUCUGCUAAUUCAGUGGUUGUAUUUAUUGUAUCCUUAUGCUUGUAACUGAUCUAAUGUGGUCAGUUGGUUACCACUGAUAACAGAAACAAAACUAAUAUAUUAGUAACCAAGUAAUUGUUUUGUCUUUUGCCACAUUCAAAUUUUGAAAGCUGUCCAUGUCGAUUGUUCACCACUACCAACAAAAACUGUCAGCACCGCUUCUCUGUCUUGUUUAUUCUUUGAUUAUGUAUGUGUCAAAUGUAGUUUCCUUUUUCAUUACAAGUGAUGAUUGAAAAGACAUGUUUUUCUUUUAUGAAGAUGUCAUGUUUGCAUAUUUGCAGUACAUGGUUGCAAAUGGCAUGUGGUACAGGGAUGUAAAUGACACGCCUUCCCUAUUCUCUGAAUGUUACAGGCGGUGUCUGACCUUUUUACAAUGAAUGAAACAAUGAAUGAUGUUAUCAUGUACUAGUGAAUAAAUAAGAAUGGCUUCAUG